GGGGCCUGGGGGGGCGCUGGCUUUGGCCCUGCCUGGGGCAGGAUGGUGAAUCUGGAACCCAUGCACCCAGAUAUCAAGAUGAGUGGGGACAUAGCAGAUUCUACAGAUGCUCGAAGUGCUCUCAGCCAGGUGAACACAGGAAAUGAUCGAAAUGGCUUAGAUUUCAACAGGCAGAUUAAAACUGAGGACCUCAGCGAUUCCCUGCAGCAGACUCUCUCUCAUCGACCAUGUCACCUGAGUCAAGGACCUGCCAUGAUGCCCGGAAAUCAAAUGUCUGGGGACAUGGCCUCCCUCCACUCACUCCAGCAGCUCGUGUUGGUUCCAGGACACCUACAGUCUGUUUCCCAGUUCCUGCUAUCUCAGACCCAGCCUGGGCAGCAAGGUCUGCAGCCGAAUCUUCUCCCCUUUCCACAGCAACAGAGCUCCCUCCUCCUCCCGCAGACAGGGCCUGGCCUGGCAUCCCAGGCAGUUGGGCGCCCUGGGCUACCAGGAUCUUCUUUAGAACCCCAUCUGGAAGCAUCUCAGCAUCUCCCGGUGCCCAAGCAUCUCCCCAGCGCUGGAGGAGCUGACGAGCCCAGUGACCUGGAGGAGCUGGAGAAGUUUGCCAAGACCUUCAAGCAGAGGCGCAUUAAGCUGGGCUUCACACAGGGAGAUGUGGGUCUGGCCAUGGGAAAGCUAUAUGGUAACGACUUCAGCCAGACAACUAUCUCACGAUUUGAGGCCCUCAAUCUGAGCUUCAAGAACAUGUGCAAGCUCAAGCCGCUGCUGGAGAAGUGGCUGAACGAUGCAGAGUCCUCCCCAUCGGACCCCUCCAUGAGCACCCCCAACUCUUACCCUGCCCUCAGCGAGGUGUUCGGGAGGAAGAGGAAGAAGCGGACCAGCAUCGAGACCAACAUCCGUCUGACUCUGGAGAAGAGAUUUCAAGAUAACCCCAAACCCAGCUCUGAGGAGAUCUCCAUGAUUGCAGAGCAGUUGUCCAUGGAGAAGGAGGUGGUGAGGGUCUGGUUCUGCAACCGACGACAAAAGGAGAAGCGAAUCAACUGCCCUGUGGCCACACCCAUCAAAUCAUCCAUGUACGGUUCCCGGCUGGUGUCUCCCUCUGGAUCUCUGGGCCCCCUCUCUGUCCCUCCAGUCCACAGCACCAUGCCUGGAACAGUAACGUCAUCCUGUUCCCCUGGGAACAACAGCAGGCCAUCUUCUCCCGGCUCAGGACUCCAGGCCAGCAGCCCCACUGCAUCUCAAAAUAACUCCAAAGCGGCCGUGAACUCCUCCUCCAGUUUUAACUCUUCAGGAUCUUGGUAUCGAUGGAGUCAUCCCACCUACCUCCACUGAGACCAAAAAGUUUCUCCUCUGACACCUGGCCCUGUAUUCCCCACCAGAAGGAAGGGAGUCAUGCCUUCUCUGUAUGGACAGAUUACUUUCAGGAGAGAGAGUGGAAGAGGAUGAACCCAAACUCUUGUCUUCUUCUUCGGAGCAAGGGCCUCCAGAGAUCCAAACUGUGAUUAAACUGUGUGCUGAUUCCUAGCGCUCUUGAAACGCACAUCCCUCCUAGGAGUUGGUCAUUUUUACCUUCCUCGCCUGCACCCUUCUCUAAAUAUUUCAGACAGUUUCCCUGCUGCAGUGGCCUUUGAAAAAGGACUUUUUAUUAUUCUCCAGCUCGUCUCCAGUUCAUUCUGGGCACAGCCAUUCACCUGGUGCCAAACUACCAGAGGGGAGAGAACGGGUUUUGACUCUGAACUUAGCCACAGUCCGAGAACUGAUUCUAGAAUCUGUGAAAAGAUUUGAAUCUGAUGUCUCCACCAAAGCGUUGAUGUUUUUUUCUGUUCGGCCAAGUUUUCAUUUCACCCCACUUUCUCUUUAGCCCCGCCCCCUUUUCUAGAACCAAAUCCAUUCAUAAUCGUGUUCUCCAAAUUCCCUCCUCUUUCCUCAGUCCCCUGGGCAUAUCUCUCUGCCCACAGGUGCUCUUCUCUCUGCUUUGUCUGCCCCAGAGUUCAGGAGCACUUGUCUCUUCUCUCCUUCCCUGUGUUUCUCCUUCUCUCCUCCUCUUGCCUGUCUCCUGUUGCAGAAGGAGGAACACAAAAGCAAACACACAACAAUUAUGCUGGCAACAUACCUGUAUAUAGCCCUUUCCUUUUUUUGAAUUAUGUUAAUCUCUCCUUAAUGUGGAAUUUUCCAGCAAAAUGUUUAACUCAGGUGUGAAUUUUGAAGAUGUCUCUGUAAUAUAUUAUCUUCUUUAACAAAAAAGAAAGAAAAAAAAUACCAAAGUGUGAACUACUGUGCUAGCUUCCACAGGAGUUCUCAUGUGGGCUGGGAAUCAUUGUUGAUUUUUGCAGGAACAUUCUUUCUCCAGUCUCUUUCUUUGUGGGCCAGUGUGUAGACCUGUAACAUGAAGCCACUGUAGAAAUGGUUGCUUUUUUUUUUUUUUUAAAGACUGCGUAUCCAAGAAAAUGUUGAGAUUCAAAGGAAUCUCUCUGUUCCUAAAUAAAUUUGUAUAGUGAUA